AUGACACUGUUGAAUAGUAGACCGAGUCAUUCAACGAUAAUAGUACACUUAGGUUCGAUUGUUAAAGAUUUAUUGGAGAUUGUCCUUAACAUCAGCUCAGUGUAUGUCUCAACCCCUAAACGUCAGACUUUCGCCCUGCAUCGCAUCUCCAACGUUCCUGAGCUGGAGGCGUGCGGCCGAUUGUUUGGUUGCGUGCAGCGACUCUGUGGAAAUAGGCCUACGGUCGAGGAUAGUGAACCCCGACAAGUCCGAGGUCGAAGGGGUGCUCAGGAUCUCGAGGGACCAUCAGGGCCGGAGGAUGCAAUCCUACCGGUACCCGUUAGUCCAAGCCCAGCAUCAACUUCCUCCCAGGAGGACUCGUGCAAACCGCCACCUCGCAACUGCUAUCGUCUCAUUGUUCUCGGUAGUGCUCGCGUCGGAAAAACCGCUAUUGUAGCACGAUUUCUAUCAAAUAAAUUUGAGGAAAGCUACACCCCAACAAUUGAGGAUUUUCAUAGAAAAUUAUACAGAAUUCGAGGGGAAGUGCAUCAGCUAGAUUUAUUGGACACCAGUGGCAAUCAUCCUUUUCCUGCUAUGAGAAGACUCUCCUUUCUCACUGGUGACUUAUUUGUACUCGUGUUUAGUAUGGACAGCCGCGAGUCUUUUGAAGAGGCCAUUAGAUUACGAGAGGCAAUAUUGGAAACUAAAAUAACUGCCACACAAAGUGUUAAAGGAAGGAGUAAAAGCCAUCAUAAUUUAAAAGUACCCAUGGUCAUGGCGGGAAAUAAAUGUGAUUAUGAUGCUAAGGUUGUAAGUGUAGAAGAAGCAGAGCAAUAUUGCGUGAGCCAAGAUGAAUGCUGUGUGUUUGUUGAAGUGUCAGCUAAGCGCAAUUAUCACGUUGACGAGCUUUUCUACCAACUUUUUGUUGUGGCCGGAUUGCCUCUAGAAAUGGCUCCAAAUCAUCACAGAAAAGUUCCAUUGACCUUUGGCUCACCCACAAUGUUGCCACCUUCUCAGCCAAAGCAUAAAGCAACACUCAGUAUAAAACGUCGAUUGAGUGACGCUUGCGGAGUUGUUGCACCAAAUGUACGACGUCCAAGUAUUAGAACAGAUUUGAUGAUAAUGAGGACCAAGACGUGUUCCCUUGCCGCUGGAAACGAGAAUAUCGCACCGGGUUCAAGAAUCACCCUUCGAUCUUCCGAACCAGGCAAAACCUGCACAAUUCAGUGA